UCCCCCUCCCCCGUGGUACCUCCCGGAUGUUGAUGGUGUCGCCUGGCAACGGGAAGAUGGAGCCGGUGGAGCCGGGCAGCGGCCCUGAAUCAGGUGCUGGACAAAUUUCAGAAGAGGAGGAGGAGCUGCAUCCAGAAGGCAAUGGGGUGGUGCAACCAGAGAGUAGCCGUACCAGAAAGGAAGAGGCAGAUGGUGAUUCAGCAGAGGAGCCAGGAAUGGAACCCAGCCCAGCAGAGCACAAUGCACCUGAGUCCUCAGAGCUUCUGGCAGUAGAGGGAAUGCAGCCAGAGAACAGUGAUGACAAGGAAGAGGGAGAGGCUGUGCCUACAGAGGACCCAGGAGAGAGACUCAUCCCAAAAGAGAAAGAGAUCUCAGGGACCACGGAGCAGGAGGUCAUGGGGGCCACGGAGCAGGAGGUCAUGGGGGCCACGGAGCAGGAGAUGUCGGGGGCCACGGAGCAGGAGAUGUCGGGGGCCAAGGAGCAGGAGGUCAUGGGGGCCACGGAGCAGGAGGUCUCAGGAACCACAGAGCAGGAGGUUGCGGGGGCCACGGAGCAGGAGGUUGCGGGGGCCACGGAGAAGGAAGUCACGGGGGCCAUGGAGAAGGAGGUUGCAGGGGCCAUGGAGCAGGUGGUCUCUGAGGUCACCUUUGGAGAGGAAAAAUCCGAAGAGGUUUCCUCAGACCAAGUGGAAGUGGAUAAUCUUCCUCCCAAACUGCCUGACAUGGAGCAGCCAGUGGUAGACAGCUGGACCAGAUCCCGCACGUCCUCAGGAGCUAGCACCCAGAGGUCUGCAUUAUCAGUGCACAUGGAGAUUCAUGCUGAGUCAGGUGACAUUGGGGUAGGCAUCUCCUCUCCGUAUUCAGACUCUGUGUUUCAGCAGUUUAACCAGCACCUCAGCAGGCUUGGCAGUGAGGAAGAGAAUGAAAGUCUACAUUAUGCAGAUGAGCAAGCUGAAAUAGAGGGCAGUGAGGAAACAGAGGAGGAAACACAGCUGAUUGUCUUGGACCCGGAACAUCCCCUGAUGAGAAGAUUCCAAGCUGCCUUAAAGCAUUACCUUAGUAAACAGAUGGAAAAAGUGACCAUGGAGCUUCGGGAGCUGACGGUGGCCACAAAACAGGGUAAGAUGCAGAGGGAGGAGCUGGGAAUGGUCCUUUAUGGGGUCCAGCAGCAGCUGGCCCGGCUGCAGAUGGAACUGGAGAAGAACCAGGACCGAUAUUCUCAGAUAGCCAUGGUGCGUCGGCAGCUCGAGGAGGAGCUGCAGGACAUCAGACAUUUGUACAAGAAAACAUGUCAGAGCACUGAAGAUGAACGCAAGAAAGUUUCUGUAAUGCAGACCGAGGUGGAAAACCUGGCCCUGCGUCUGUUCUAUAUGCAGAACAUGGACCAGGAUGUGCGCGACGACAUCUGUGUGAUGAAACGGGCAGUGAAGAAGGCUGAGGCAGACAGGAACCAGGCUGAGGUGGAGAAGAAAAAACAGGAUCUGCUUGUAGACCGCUUAACAAGGAAGUUCAAUGAACUGCAGGAGCAGAUUGGUCUGUAUGAAGCUCAAUUUAUUGCCCAGGCUGAAGACACAAAAAUAACACGAAAAGCAGUGAGUGAGGCUUGUAUGGAGAUACAAACUAUUAACAUGGAGAAGAAGCAACUGAUGCAUCAGUGGGAUAGCAGUUUGACUGGGAUGAAGCGACGAGAUGAAGCCUACUCUGCCAUGCAGGAGGCACUAAGGCAGUCCAAGCACCAGCUCAAGUCCUUAGAGACAGAGAUCCAAGUCUACAAGAAGUCAGUGACGAAGGAGGAAGAACGGAACGAGCUGCUUGCCAGCAUCUUGAACCGCUCGGAGAAUGAUGGCAACAUGAGCAAGAAGCUGAUUGCCCAGUGCACGGCCAAACAGGAUGCCCUGAAAGUUGAAUACAGCACCUACACCCGCACGCUGCAUGAGACAGAGCAAGCCCUCAGCAGGGCCAACUUGGACCGAGCUGCUCGGAUGAAUGAGCUGCAAGCCACCAGUAAGGAAAUAGAGAAAGAGACUGAAGCCAGACAGGAGUUGGAGAAUCAGAUCAUGGCAAAGCUGCAGGAUCAGCUGAUGUCCAGCAAAGCAGCAAAAUAUUUUUCGCAACUGGCUGCUAAACUUCAUAAGAGAAAGCUGGAUCUGGAGCUGCAUUUUUCCAAAGUUGAGAAUGACACAGCCCAGGUCAUUCUGGACACAACUCACACCAACUGCAGGCUCGCUAUGCUCCAAAAGACAUUCUCCGAGCUGGACAAGGAAAUGAAAAAUAUCAACGACCUGAUCAAUCGCAGUGAGAAUGAGAUCGCCAAGCGCAAUCUCCUUAUCGAGCGCAAGCAGGGGGUUGUCAACCUGUUCAACAAGAAAAUGGAGAUGAUGAUUUCCCAGUUGGGGGGCCAAGAACUGGGACCCUUGGAAGUUGAGAUCAACAGGCUGACCAAGCAAAUAGAUGAAUACAACUCAGAGGUGAUGACACUGCAGAAGUACUGGCUCAGGCUGCAGAAAGAGCUGGUCAAACUGACCCACGAGCAGGAAGAGCAGCUGGCUUCCCUGGAUAUGUUGAAGAAACAGAUCACCAUCAUGCAACAAAAGAAAGUGCGCACUGAAAAUGAAAUCCAGCAGGAGAAGAACGAACAGAAAGACAUUGAACGCCACAUGAGGAAUAUGGCCAAUGACUUGAUGAAAUUCAACAUGUUAAUCAACAAGAACAGCCACAACUCGGAGGAGCUGCAGCAUGGCAACACCAUCAUGGAGAACGAGUUUGUCCGCUCGCUCAAGGCAGCAGAGAGAGAGUCAAUUGAGAUGCAGGAGAAGCUGGACCGACUGCAUGAGGAGAAAGAGAGACUCCUAAACAGCCUGGUGGAAGCAGAGCAUCAGAUCAUGCUAUGGGAGAAAAAGAUCCAGCUGGCCAAGGAGAUGCGUGCUGCAGUGGACUCAGAGACAGGGCAAGGCGAGAUCCGAGCCAUGAAAACAGAGAUCCAUAGGAUGCAGGUCCGCUACAGCCAGCUGACAAAGCAGCAGGAGAAGAUGAUUCGAGAUAUGGAGGCUGCUGUCUCCCGCAGAGAGACCAUCAUGAUUCGGGGGGAGGGUCAGAGCAAAAUGGAUAAGAAACAUUUCACCAAGAGCGACUUCCACCACAAGACACAGGAGCUGCGGAAGAAGAUCAAGGAAACCCAAAAGAAUGCUCAAGACUGCAACAGAACCAUCACAGAGCUGGAGAACACCCAGAAAUCUCUCAGCAUCAGCCUUCUGGAAAAGCAGCAGCAGCUCUCCAGUUUGCAGGCUGAGGCAGAUGUCCUUGAUGCAGACAUAGAGCGGCUUCAGGACCAGAAACGUUGGAACCUUUCAGAAAUCGUGGCCUAUCAGAAUCGUCAGAAGCAUCUGCAGGCAGUGAAGGACGGGAAGUAUACUCCACUCUGCCGCACCCAGCAAGCCCUGCAGAAGGAGCAGCGGAAACAGCAGGACCGGCUGCACACCAUUAAUGUCAUCAUCCAUCAGAUUCAGCAGGAGUAUCCUCAGUACCAGAGGGUGCUGUGCGGGCUCAGCCAGGCCCUGGACUCCAGGCUUGGAUCACAGGAAGCAGAAUAGAUAGAAGCACAGAGCCAGAUCUGAAUAAAGUAUCUUUUGACAAAUAUUUUCACAAAUAAAUACAGUAUAAGCUUUUA